AUGGUGUUCGCUCGGUCAAGUGCAGUGCAGAAACAUGUCUGACUCUGAUGACCAUCUGUCAUCGAUAAUUAUAAAUGCAAAUAAGCUAUUGUAAGUACGUCACGUUAAACAGGUUGAACUUGUCGCGUUAUUCACACAAAUGCACUUGCAUCAAUAAACUGCACACGGAAGUAAUUCUGAAUCUGCUUAUAUGCUUCAUAAAGUCUUUUACCUGAAGGAUUAAUGGUCUUUAACAAAAUCACCUGAGUUCAACACCUGCCUUCAUUUUUAUGGUUUAUCCCAGUCACCUGCAGAAAAGCAAACAUGAGCAAUCAAAAGUUUAUGAGGUUGAUCAUCGGUUGCUUGGUGAUUGUUGCCAUGGUGAAAUAUUUCUUUAGCCCCAGCUCAAACAAAGACACAAGUCACAAGACCCACCAAAUCACACAAGGUGGUAAAUUCUGGGCUAGCCAGCGUAUCCCACAGCUGAAUUUGGUUCAUAGUCAGGAAGAUCCUGUCAAAAAAGAACAUACAGACAACACAGAGGCUCAGCCAGAGAAAAAAGAGAAGAUCCAAUCAAACCAAGAGGAGCCAGAACCAGAAAUUCCUGAUGAUUCACCCACAGAUCCAUUAAAAAUCGUGCACUUUGAUCUGAAAGGUGCCGCACCCAAAGUCAAAUACCUUGAACAGAUAUUCCCUCUACUGUCAUCUCUGGGUGCUAAUGGGAUAUUGCUGGAAUAUGAGGAUAUGUUUCCUUAUGAGGGGGAACUCAGCAUUCUCAAAUCAAGCUUUGCAUACAGUCCGGAAGAUAUAGAGGAAAUUAAGUCUCUGGCCAAACGGCACAAGCUUGAACUGAUUCCUCUGGUGCAGGUGUUCGGACACAUGGAGUUUGUCUUAAAACACGAGAAGUAUUUCAAAUUGAGAGAAGUGGAAACAUUUCCCAAUAGCCUAAACCCUCUGGCCCAAGGAGGCAUGGAUCUUGUGCAAGACAUGCUAACGCAGGUUAUGAAGAAGCACCCAGAAGCAAAGUGGUUCCACAUCGGUGCUGAUGAGGUACAUGGCCUGGGCAAAAGCGAAGAUUCGAAGCGCUGGUUGGAAGCCAACGAUGGAGACAUGGGAAAGCUUUUCCUCAAUCAUGUGACCGCAGUUGGGAGAUUUAUGACCAAACUGAAGCGAGGAAUCAAGCUGAUCUUGUGGGAUGACAUGCUUAGGAAAGUUAGCUCCGACACCAUCAAAGAAUCGGGUUUGCAAGACCUUGCAUUGCCAAUGAUAUGGAAGUACAUCCCAAACAUGGAUGUGAAAGAGAUUGGUAGCUAUAUAUAUAAGUAUGAGCAGGUUGGAUUUAAGGGUGUGUGGUUUGCUAGCGCUUUUAAAGGAGCCUCUGGAAUUGACCAGAAAUGGACUCCAAUCAAUCACCACUUAAAAAACCACCUACAGUGGCAGAAAGUCAUUACAUCCAUGCCGCAGUACAAGUCUGUGAGAUUCCGAGGCAUUGCUCUGACUGGCUGGCAGAGGUAUGAGCAUCACACUGUGCUGUGUGAGCUUCUCCCAGUGGCCAUCCCUUCUCUGGCUGUCUGUCUUCAGAUGCUGAAAUACGGUUCAUUUGAUGCCAAGGCACAGAGUGAGGCACAGCGCUUCCUUGGGUGUCAGAUUGAGCUGAGCAAAAAUGAGUGUAAGGGUGCAUCCUUUCCUGGCUCAGAUGUUUAUGAAAUGGUGCAGAAGAUCAACAACAACCUUGAGAGUUCAUUUAAAAAGAUCAUGCAAAGCUACCAUGUCAAGGCAUCAUUCAGCAAAUAUCAUCGCAAACACAACUUUGCAAACCCUCGAAAUCUUGCAUUUUUCAAAGAUGAACUGAAAAAGGUUCCCGCAGUCAUAGUGAGCCAUAGUCCUGAUGGCUUUACAGAAAUAAUCUCCAAACCCAAAUUUGUCAAGAGCUUGAAAUAUGAACUUGUGCUCAAGCGAAUCAAAGGCUUUGUAGAAGUCUAG